UGUGAAGUGUUCUGCUGCUCCUUCGGGCCAGGGGCUGUCAGUCAGAGCAAAGCUGCCCACCACCCAGGAAAUGGCUGUCAUGUCCUAUCUCUAGAAAUUAGCUGAAAAUCUAAGAAUUGACAACUGGGACCACAGGAAACAAAUGGGAUGAAAGUCAAGGGCUGGGACUUCCUCCUUGGAGUGUUUGACAAGGUCUGACGCAUGCGAGGCCUUUUGAAUCUGGGAAGCCCAGGACACACCCAACUUCCCGAGUGCUGAAUGCUGGGGCGUAGGUAAAAGGACAGAAGCAAAAAGCGUUUCAACAUGAGGGACCCAUGGACAGAUUGCUCGUAUACUAAAGUGUACAAGAACCUAAAGGAGCUUUCUCAAAAUGGGGAGAAUUUCUGCAAGCAGGUCACAUCCAUUCUUCAGCAAAGGGCAAACUUGGAGAUGAACUAUGCCAAAGGACUUCACAAAUUGGCAAUCAAGCUGAGCAAAGCAUUGCAGAACACAAAGAAGAACUGUCUCGUCAGCGCGUGGGCCUGGGUCUCGGAGGGCAUGAAGUCUGCAGCGGACCUGCAUCAGAAACUUGGCAAAGCAAUUGAGUUGGAAGCAAUAAAACCAGCUCAUCAAGUCCUCAGUGUACAUGAGAAGAAGAGAAAAUCCCUUGAUAAUGAAGUUGAAAAGGCAGCAAAUCUUGUCAUUAGCAACUGGAAUCAACAAAUAAAGGCCAAGAAGAAAUUAAUGGUUAGUACCAAGAAGCAUGAAGCACUUUUCCAUCUUGUAGAAAGCUCCAAACAAACGGUGACUAAGAAGGAGAAGCAGAAGCUCCUCAAUAAACUGAAAAAAUCAGCUGAGAAGUUGGCAAAAGAAGAUGAAAAUUACUACCAGAAAAACAUGGCUGGCUGUUCCACAAGAGUGAAAUGGGAAAAGAUGCUAGAAAACUGCUACCAGAGCAUCCUGGAGCUGGAGAAGGAAAGAAUUCAACUUCUGUACAACAACUUAAACCAGUACACCCAACAUAUUUCUGUUUUUGGCCAAACCCUGACCACAUGCCACACGCAGAUUCACGGUGCCGUUGGCAACUUAGAUGUCGAAAGAGAUGUCCAGGCGCUCAUGAAAGACACUGUGGUUUCACCUGCAGAAAAUAAAUCCGACUUCCUGUUAACAGAUUACUUUGAGGAAGAUCCCAGCAAUGCAAUGACUAAAGAGCGGCAGGAGUCAUCCAUAAAGUCAAAACUGGUGAGGCUGCAAGGAGAUAUUGAAAAAGCCUCCAGAGACCAGGAAGGCCUGGAACGCAUGCUGAAAGCGUACUGCAGCGAUGCCUCCUGCCCGGACGCAGAGAGCCAAAAAAUCACAGCGGCCUUAAUGGACGAGCAUUUUCUGUGCAUAUCUGCAUAUGAGUUGAAUGUGUCCUUUUCCAGACCUCUGCCAUUUUGGAAGUUAUCCUGGUAUCUCUUGACCCACCCAGUUGUGCCUCCUUUUCUAGAAAUUUACUCACAUGGCCAAAUGCUGUAUCCACAGACUAAUCUGAAAAUAGACCUUUUGCAAGCAAACUCCUAUAAACUGUCAUCAGUGUUAGCGGAACUUGAGAAAAGACCUCAACCCAGCCAUCCCUGUAGUAACUCCAUCUUCAAGUGGAAAGACAAGCAGCAGACACACAGUUACGUGAAAAUAUCUCGGCCUUUUCUGAUGAAGAGAUCAGAGAAUGUGGUGAGCAGAGCGUCUUCCGGUGGGCAGAGAAUUCCAAGGUCUUCCUCUGCAGCCUCUGGUGUGGCCCAGCUCAGCCAUGGUCUUUGUAAGGCCUUAUAUUCUUUUCAAGCCAGGCAGGAUGACGAAUUGAACUUGGAAAAAGGUGACAUUGUGACUAUACACCAGAAAAAAGAAGAAGGAUGGUGGUUUGGCUCUUUAAAGGGAAAGAAGGGCCAUUUUCCAGCCGCUUAUGUGGAGGAGCUCCCUUCAAAGGCUGGGAACACAGCCACACAGGCAUAAAACAAGAUUCUGAGCACAGCGCCUUCCACACUCGGUAAACUGUACAGUGCACUGCAAAUAAAGAUACAUGCUGUUAUCUUUGCAAGUUUAUCUUUCUAAGUGGGUUAUGGAGACAGCACUUUGCACUUUUGGUUAUUUGCUUGAAACGGAGUCAGAAGAUGGAGAGUGAAGGGAGAGAGGAAAAAGAUCCCACAGCUCCUAGGUGACUCCUGAGAGAAACUAGAGGUGACCCAGUACAGUCCCUGAUGUGGAAGAGAGAGAGAAACAGACUGAGUGCGUGCAGGCUCACUGCCUCCCUGAAGUCACAUCAUUCUCUGGUAGCACAACAGAAAUUAAGGCCCAGAUAUCCUUUUGGUCUGGGCUUGGCUGGCAGAGGCCGAGGCCAAGAUCCACAUGAUCGAAAGAGGGGGUGGGAGGCAAAAGUCCAAAUACUAGGUAGAGGGUAGAGUGGAGAUCCAUUCUGAGCCAGUGGCCUUCUGUGUCAGUGGCUCCUUGUAUACCCUCUGCCCCGAGCUGGAGCUGCUCUCAGAGUGAGUCAGAGACGGUUAGGGACCCGAGAGUGAGAACACGGUGGACAGGAAAGGGUUAGGAUGGGGGGAGUGGCUGAAACCUCGCACCUCCUUGCCUAUUUGGAAUCUUCAUAUAGCAACUCAAAAACAAGGAAUUCUGCACUUCCCAGCAAGGCCAUACAAAAGGAACACCCUAAACAGCUUCCUGGUGAAAGGAACUUUAAAUGCUAAUGUGUCUUUAAUUUGGGUAGAAAGUUCUAGAACCCGAUAUUUGCUGUCAAAAUAGAAUAUUUAGAAAGAUGAAGAUGUAUGCCAUUCCCUCAAACGUCCUAUAAAGUUAAAAGGUUUAGAAUGAGAGACUGGUGCUGCCAAACUCUUCCCGAGGGGUAUCAUUCCAGAAUGAUGAGAAGUGGUACAGUGGCUUCUUUCACAUGCUUCUUCGAAUGAAGUCCAUAAUGUUGACAGAAACAACUGGGCAUGUUUACUUUUGUGUCGAAUAGCAAAUCUGGCAUUAAAGGAGUAAUUAAAAUCAUUCUAUUACCCUCG